GGUUUUGACAGGAGCCCUGGCUGUCUCCUUUGUUUGUGUUUGUUUGUGGUUUGAGAGGCCCAUCCCUUCUGGGUUAAGUCUUGCAUGCAGCUAUCACUCAACUUCCUAUUUUUUUGGCCCCUGCCACGCCUUCCUGAAAUCUCGGUAUGACCCUGACCCUAGCAGCCACACCCCGGAAAGAGCCACUUCCUGUUGGGCCCCUUGAGAAGGAGAUGGGAAUGCAGACCACUUAGCUGAAGUCUUGCUCACUCCCUAGAGAGGCUGAGGGGCAGGCCCUUUUGUGCCUGGUCGAUUGUCCCUGUUGCUCAGUGAUUACCUGGGGACGUGUUUCCCAUGUAAGGGGCAUGAUUGUCUCUGGCGUGGGCAGAACAGCCUUCUGUCCCUCUGAGCUGCAGCGUCUGGCUCCCUGUGUGGAUGGAGGUGCUCGACAGGAGGGUCGUUCACAGCAGGUGGCAGUUCCAGCAGGCCAGGACACCGGCGUCGGGAAGUCAAGCAUCGUGUGUCGGUUUGUCCAGGAUCACUUUGACCACAACAUCAGCCCGACCAUUGGGGCAUCUUUUAUGACCAAAACUGUGCCUUGUGGAAAUGAACUUCACAAGUUCCUGAUCUGGGACACGGCUGGCCAGGAACGGUUCCACUCGCUGGCUCCCAUGUACUACCGCGGGUCCGCUGCCGCCGUCAUCGUGUACGACAUCACCAAGCAGGAUUCAUUUCAUACCUUGAAGAAAUGGGUGAAAGAAUUAAAAGAGCAUGGUCCGGAAAACAUCGUCAUGGCUAUUGCUGGAAACAAGUGUGACCUCUCAGACAUCAGGUGUAGGCAUCUCGAUACAGAUCUCCACACUCUGGACUUUGCAGUGUCAGAUGAUGAAUUGGACAGGCUGCAGAAAUAUCAAAGUCAGUGUUUUACAGCCUACCUUCUAGAGGAGUUAUUCUCAAGCUAUAGGAAACAAAUGAAUUCAGCAAGAAACGAGCAGAGGCCUGUGUCGAUAAACGUGGCAGCUCUAAGGGAGGUUCCCCUGAAAGACGCGAGGGAGUACGCAGAGUCCAUCGGAGCCGUCGUGGUUGAAACAAGCGCCAAAAACGCGAUCAAUGUCGAGGAGCUCUUCCAGGGGAUCAGUCGCCAGAUCCCACCCUUGGACCCCCAUGAAAAUGGAAACAAUGGAACAAUCAAAAUUGGGAAGCCACCAUCGCAGGCCGGCCGGCGGUGCUGCUGACCUGGGCCGGGCUCCGCUGUGCUUGAGGAAGCCAGAGCCCACCUGCCCGCGCUCUGCUGGAGGGCGUCCCGCUCUCGGGGGCCGGCACCUCACUCAGAGAGCCGCGAGCUCGCCAGCUGGGCAUCCUGGAAGACCUGCAGGGAGCGGGGCAGGGAGUGGCCCUGGAGAAGGAUUUCCAAAAACUGGGAAAACCCAGAACAUCGCCACAAAAGGGCUUUUAGUGCAUGAAAUGCACUCAGAGGAGACGGAUAUUAGGUAUUAAGUAUAGUUGAGUUUUUUGUUAAAAACCUUGAAACACUCCUAAAUUUGUGCAAAAGUCUUCCUGGCUUACUACAUGUGUGAUUCCAAAGUGGUGGUCCACUCUGAUUUCCCGUGUUUUCUAACCAAAUUUCAGGAACUUUUUCAGUGCCGUUGCCUUAGUUGUGUACACAGCCUUCACUGAAAGGUUAAUCUAAGGUGGCUCACCUUUCAGUGGAGUGUGAUUGGACCAUCACUCAAGCUGUAGGCUCGAGCUGUUAAGAAAGUGGAGAAGGAGGUACUAGAAACCAUUGUCUACAUCUCGGACUUUGAUUUGAUGAACAUUUUUCUAAGUUUUGGUCUUAAAAGCAAAGAAACCAAUCUGACUGUAAACUAUCUCAUGUGAUUCUGGGGUUUGGAGGCCUCGUUUGGAAGUCAUUGACAUGGGUACGGGUAAGCAGUGACAGACGUAGGACAUACAUGUGGUUCCAGAGACCUCCUGGUACGCCUCAGCUCCACAGCGAUGCCUUCCUGCACACGUGGAGGGUGUAUUGUUUCACUGAGAGUGCGCCUGGUGUCAUGUCUAGGGGCACAAACCAGCUGGAGGAGGUUUGAAUCUAAACCAUAGGGCAAACUUCUUGAAUAGAUUACAGGAAAGCCAGCCAGAGGAGGUACCAGCUCCUUAAGAUUCUAGACCCCCAAAACUGCAAACUCAGAGAAAGCCUUUUAGAAGACGCCCAGUAUGAGGAGGUGGGUAUUAAGGCCAACCCGAGGUCCAUUCCUGGAAGGCCAGUUAGCUGAGAACAGGCUUCCAUGACACCUUUUAAUUCAGAUUCCUCGUCUCUCUGUUAGUUAAAGAUGCCUGAAUCCAGUGGAAGAAAAGAAGGCCUGGAAAGGAGGAAAGCUAUUCCUGUUGGAAAUUCCAAUCCUAUUUCCAUUCUAACUUUCAUAAAAAAACCUGGGGUCAAGAAGCAGUUGGCUUCCCAUGAGGGUUCAUACUGGGAAGUGAUUCUCAGAGGACAUUCGGGUUGGCGCCUUUCGUGGGGCUGAGACACAGUAAAAACACGGCCUCAGAGGUGGUUGGUCAGCAGCGCGGGGACAGGGCCAGCUGGUACCUUCAAAGCUCAGCAGACGUUAAUUGAAAUCCUAUGAUGUAAAAAUCAGAGAUCAUGAGCUGAUUACAGACCCAGACGCUCAGUAACUGGUGUGAGCUGUGCCCACCGUAUUCUGGACGGGUGGGGACACCAAGUCUGCCAGCAGAAAAAGCAAGAGUCCUUGAGAGACGGGGGCCAAGUUCACACUCUUUCUGUGGACCGCAAUCAAGAAAACAGGUAGAAAUCACAGAUUUAGGUGUGUUUUUUUUUUUUUUUUAAACUCGAGGGUGUGUUGUCAAUUUCAUGUUCUUACUACUUCCCCAGUUUGCAAGAGUAGUUUGACAGUCUUAGGCUGCGAAGGCUGGAAACACUUAUUUUUUGGUUCAAGAGUGCCUCUCAGGUAUCCCAGACAGGUACCUCAAAAACUGUUAGCAAAUGGCACUGGGAUGUCUUGGCAGAGCCUUGCAGAGAUUUUUAGGGUUUGCUCCACUUGUCAACGUUACAGGCUAACGUGAUUCCGCUUGCCGGCCAAGCGACUAGCUUACCUCUUUCCAAAAAAAAAAAAAAAAAAAAAAAAAUUGGGUUGUAAAUGCCAGUGACCUCUUUCCAGGUGACACACAGGCUUAUUUUGGAACCUUUCCUCAUCCAGCUGUCCCCGAGGACCUGGGCUUGUCUCUGGAUGGCUGCUCAGGUUGCCAAGCCAAGGAGGUACGCUUCCCAGCAGAGUCUGCAGCUCUGGGCUGGGGCUUCAGUGCUUGCAUCUUGCAUGAAACAGCUGGUUUUAACCUCCCGUAGAGAGCUACCCACCCUCGAGCCCAGGGUUUUAUUUCAGAAGUACAUGAGGGUGGAAACCACACUUUUGCCUUUCAGUAUGGCCUUAACUUGUCAAGCCCUCAGACGGCAAUGUAUGUAUAUAAUCACUCCUUGGAGCAAUUGAUGGAAAGAGUCCACGGCUCGUGGGUGCGCCAGUGUCCACGUGAACGUGGAGACAGAUGCUCGAGCCACGUCCACGACCAGGCGCUCUGCUCUUCCUCCCUUUGCCUUCACAUCCUUACUGGCUGUUCUAAUCGCUGAGCUGCAACCACAUCCUCUAACGUAAGGGCCGGGAAAUGACUGCUGCUCCAAGAUGUCGAGCAGCCUCCCGGACGCAGCACCCUUGCCCUGAUUUCCCCAAACGUGCUCUCCCCUGUUUUCCUCCCUCCUGUGCGGCAUGUGUGUGUACACGUGCUUUCGUAUUUGUUACACCGACAGGUGAUCCCUUUCGCUGGCUGAGUUUGGCUGUGGCUGUGUGUCACACGUAACACAGGCACAGGCCCGCAGAGGGAUAAUUUCCAGCGGAAACCCCUAGGGUGGCAGUGGCGUCGUGCCAGCAUGUCACAAGUGUGCCUAAUCGACCUGCCAUUUUAUGGUGGAAAGUGGUACAUUGGGGUGCUGAAGAUGAUGUGACCUUGCAGACCACAGAAGGCCGAGGACCUAAAACUAGCCUUCAGGCAACCACAGGGCUGGGCCCAUGGAGGACCAGGGGAGGCUGGGGUGGCUUGUCCUCUGAGGUUAAGGAGUGUGGCCUGUGAGGGCUGGAACCCAUUCCUCUUAGGGGCCCUGCGCCUCACUGCUCUGCACUGCUCAUUGCAACUUGAAUGGGGAGCGGGGUCACGAGCGAGAGGGCUCUGGGCCGUCUUCAGGCCUCUUAGGUUCCGGGUUAACCAUCGUUGUCGAAGCCAGCGUCAGCGCUCUGUUCUCUGGUGUUUUUACAAAGGGCUUCUGUCUGGGCUGGACCCAGUUCUCGCAUAUGGAAGACGCGGCUACAGACUGUUGGCACCUUUGCCCCUUGUAUUCUGUAGUCAAGCAUUGCCCUCCAUGUUGCCCAGUUGUAUCUGUUAUUUUUGGUUUAACACACACUGAUUCAUACUAAUAAAUAUUUUCAGUUUU